GCAUCGGGAUGGGCGACGUGGUGCGCCGCCCUGCUCAUUUUGACGUUCCGAGCAAUUAAGGCUAACGUGUCACCCAUCCCAGGUGAGCUUUUGGAACGGCAACACUGGGACUGCGAGAACGCUGGGCUAUUAGGUCGCGCCAUUCUUCAAAUUCUCAAGCGAGAAGCAGAUCGAAACUCCAUGUGGCUGGAAGAGCUACCUGCAGACGUCCUGGAAGCGGUUUGUGGCUUCCUGGCGGGUUUCGACGCCUUUCAGCUAUCGCACACGAACUCGCGGUGGUUCGCUUUGUUCUCGGACGGGCUACUCUGGCACGAGCGCAUGGUGCACGGCCGCGUCCCGGAGAGCCAGCAACACCUGCUUCACACGUGGAAGCGGCGCUACAUGCAGGCGAGGUCCAUGCUGUUCCAUGGUCUUGGUACAGACGACAAUGACGAUCUAGUGCGGGCGUCCUAUGCCUGCGUCGAGUACCCACCACCGACAGAUUGGGGACAGUUCCGUCGGAUGUACUUUGCGUUACGGACGAUGCACGAGGAGAGCUUCAGCUUCGACUUGUGGUUCUCUCUACUACCAGCAGCGCAGAAGGAGAUGGAGACAGCUAGUUACCCAGGUGGAGUCAUUUUCGGCCUGCAGUCGGAGGAGCGAGACAGCAGAAACUGGCCGCAGUACCACCAACAGUUCAUCAUGGUGGACUCGAAGAGCAACCUCUACUGCUCGGUGCUGGACGCCAGGAAACCAGUGGCCACGGACCUCAAGUUUGACCGCUGGUACCAUCUAGUGCUGACCUACGACCUCGAACACCAAAAGCAGGACGUGUAUGUGGACGGCGAGAACGUUUGGUCUACGACUGGAGCUCUCCAUCGGGAGUGGCAGCAUCUACUUCAUGAACAGGUCGGGACGGGAUACGUCACCUCAGGUGGGGGAGGCUAUCCUCAUGGAGAUUUCGUUGGCUGGUACGGCUUCCACGGACUGCUGGAUGAGUUUCGGUUCUACAGUGGCGUGUUGUCUCUGGACGAGGUGCAGCACCUAGCUCGAGGCGGAGAACUGACGCCCAAAAGACUGAGCGGGACACUGAAAUAUCCUGGGUUGAGAGGACCACAGUCCCGGAUUAACGUGGAGCUGGUGGCCUGCACUAGGCCGGCGGAAGGCCGACCAGUGGAGAUCGUUGCUAUCGAGUCGAGGGCGUCAUUCCCGCCACAGAAGCGUUGUCGCCCACCUCGAGCGCUGUUUGCAUGAAGUUUGAUGUUACAUGUAGUCGAAGGCUUUUGAUUAUCAAGUAUGAGGAAC